AUGUCAUAUGCCUCAGCGGUCGAUAUUUCAAAAUUUUCUGACCCAUUGUUUGAUCAGGGUGCUCAUGAAAAUAUAUUCGCACUAGACAUCGGUGGUUCACUUGCGAAAUUAGUGUACAAACGCGUUUUCCGUUAUAGACGUUCUGUACCCCAGCAGUGUCGUAAAAGCGUCAGUGAAAAUGAAAUACCUUUUGACUUUUAUGAGUACACAGAACACGAAGAUGAAGGACAAAAAUUAUGUUUCAUAAAAUUUGAAACUAAGAACAUAGAAGAAUGUUUGGAUUUCAUUCUUUUUAACAUUACACAUCAAGGUGCUUUAUCCAAAAAGACAAUUAAUAAGAUCAAGGUGACUGGUGGGGGUGCUUAUCGCUAUCGUGAGCUAAUUUGUUCGAAGUUGGGAGUUGAAUUGGAUAAAGAAGAUGAAAUGGAUUGUCUUGUAAGAGGAUGUGUAUUUAUGCUUCGAAACAUCCCAGAUGAGUUAUUUUAUUAUGAUAAACAUGCUACUCCAGCCCACGUCUUUGUUCCAAAUUGCUUGGUGAGUACGUUACCUUUCCUUUUGGUCAAUGUUGGGUCUGGCGUUAGUUUCUUGAAAGUUGAAAGUCCCACGUCUUAUCAAAGGGUUGGUGGAACGUCUAUUGGGGGUGGCACUUUUUGGGGUUUAGGAACGCUGUUAUCUGGAGGGAAGUUUACUUUCGAUGAGCUUCUGGAAAUGGCGGAUUCUGGUGACCACCGCCAUGUUGACAUGUUGGUACGCGAUAUAUAUGGAGGUGCGUAUGAAGCACUUGGACUUUCUGGGGAUGUAAUUGCGAGCUCAUUUGGUCUAGCUGCUCGUCAUCCGGAACAACCUCGUGUGUUAGGUGAUAUGGUGAAGUCCCUACUAAUUACAGUUAGCAAUAAUAUAGGCCAAUUGGCUUGUCUGUAUGCUAAACAGCAUAGCCUUACACGAAUUAUUUUUGGUGGAUAUUUUAUUCGAGGACAUGGGUUAACAAUGGAAGUAAUUACCUAUGCCGUUCGGUUUUGGUCAAGUGGAGAAUACAAAGCUCUAUUUUUACGGCAUGAAGGGUAUUUAGGGGCAGUAGGUGCAUUUCUGAAAGCUUGUACGAAUAAUAAUUCAACGGAACGCAAAGCACUAUGGUCUGAGAACUAUGUAGUUAGUUCGGGUAAUACUCCUUUCUCUGAUAUUCCAUUUGAAUCAAAACUAUAUGCGACCAAUCACAGUAAAGGAGAAAUUGAUUUCAGUAAAGUUUCUUCCCACGAUCUGCCAAUCGUGAAUUCAGUUGGUAAAGUAUCGAAUCCGAACCACUCAAUAAUCGCUCAAAAAGCAGAAGAAAGCAAGUCUGUUUCAAAACAUUCUUCAAAGUCUACCUCACAGAAACACGAAAUUUCAAAACUACCUAACUUUGAACUCGAUCGUGUAUUUACACAUUCUCUAGAAAUGUUUCAUUUACUAGAGUCGCCUGCAAAUUAUUCACCAGAUACAUGGGAUCUAACUCACGAUGAAGAAGCCAGGAUUUAUUGGUUAGGCUGUUUCGAAAGCUGUAUAGAAUAUCACAGAGCAAAAGCUGAAGAAAGUCAAUCUGACACAUUAUCAGAUGCCUCUGACCGUUCACAUCAGUUCGCUGAACGAUAUAAACGUUUCCUACGUGAAUUGAGUGCUGAUCCAAGUGGUCAUGGAGUGCUCACUGUUAGAUGCCUUUUAUCCGCUCAACAGCAUUUCUUACGUGAAUAUGGAUUUGGGGAUGUCUUUUGUUUACAGAAAAGAUUUGAAAAUCGAGCUGCUCUUUCUGCUCUUACGGAUCGAUUAAGUGAACUUUCUAAAUUGGAUUGGUCUAAUCGUCAACUUUCUUUGAUUGAAGGUCUUUUGGCUGGUAAUAUGUUUGACUGGGGUGCAGCUGAGGCAAUUCAAUUUCUAAAGGAAGCUCCAAAGAAUAAAUUUGGUGUCGCUGACUUUCAUGCUAUAUUAGAUAAAGUUCAAUCUAGACCUUGGUUAGUUGACAAUUAUGAUAAUUGGAUUAAUCGAAUCAGCGUAUCCGGAUCACCUUAUCGUUGUAUAUUAAUUUUCUGCGAUAAUAGUGGUGCAGAUAUUAUACUUGGUGUAUUACCAUUUGCUAUGGAAUUUCUUAGUCGUGGAUGUAAAGUAAUAAUGACGGCUAAUUCAAGUCCUACUAUCAAUGAUAUAACUUAUCAAGAACUGGAGCUACUCCUACACAUGAUAGCCUCUUUCGAGCCUUUAAUAGCUGAAUCGCUUAAUAAUGGACAACUUAUGCUAGCUGAAAAUGGUCAAACUUCACCUUGUUUAGAUUUCCGUCUACUUGCUAGCUCGUUGGUUCAAUUGGCAGAACGUGAACAGGUCGAUUUGAUUGUCAUUGAAGGUAUGGGUCGAGCAAUUCAUUGUAAUUUAAAUUCAAAAUUCACCGUGGAUACACUCAAAAUAGCUGUGAUUAAAAAUUCUUGGCUUGCUCGAAGGUUAGGCGGUCAACUAUAUGGUGUGAUAUUUAAAUUUGAACCUGUUUCACAGUCAAGAUAA